CCGUUCGAAACUUGAAAUUUUGACAGCGAGCCUUCGUCUAAGAUCCCUCGACGCGAGAAGUUUGAGAAAAAAUGUAGUACGAGCCCGAAGUUUUCGGAGUGAUUUUUUUAUUCAAUUUCAAUUUUUUUUCAACCGUAAUUAAUAUCCUCGUUAGACCGGACAGUCGCCCGAUCGAACCGGAGUUCGAAAAAGGAAGAAAGACGCGGCCAGUGAUCCUCGUGUAAUUUCAAAAAAUUUGACCGAAUUUUGAUCCUCAUCGCGACGCUGGAAGUACAAAAAUCUUCAACGGUUCUUGAAUCUUCCACAGGGACGAUCGUUCUGAGAAUGAAUUUACAGAUAUCUUCGGAUAAUCGCUUUUGAUCCCGCAACGGCGACACGUCGGCGACGAUGGCCCACGAACGACCGACUCACUUCUUCCUCCGCGUACACCUGAUCCUCGGAACCGUUUGUUACCUGAGCUACGCUCUCCGAGGACACGAGCAUCCGUAUCACCAUCCGGAAGUGACGAUUCCUCAGGGACGUUUACGCGGUGAAAUUUGGAGCACGCAUCGAGGUCGGAACAUUUCCGCUUUCCUCGGUAUCCCGUACGCCCGACCACCGAUCCGAGAUCUAAGAUUCGCGAAUCCGAUACCUGCCGACGGUUGGAACGGAACACGGCUGGCCACCGAAGAAGGGAAUCAGUGUCCCCAGCCAGCGAAAGCUCUGUCGCCCUAUCAGGACUACGAACACCUGAUCGGAGACGAGGACUGUUUGUAUCUGAACGUGUACACCCCUAAGACCCCGGGGUGUUCGGGCGCCCUACCAAACUUGCUACCCGUGAUGGUCUUCGUCCACGGGGGAGGAUAUUACGCCUGGAGCGGCAACUCCAACGAAACCGGCCCGGGUUUCCUCCUCGACAAAGACGUGGUCCUCGUAACGUUCAAUUAUCGUUUGGGUCUGUUGGGAUUUUUGAGCACCGGGGACGCGGCCGCCUCCGGAAACUGGGGCCUCAAGGAUCAGGUGAUGGCCCUUAGGUGGGUGCGGGGGAACAUCGAGAGUUUCGGGGGUGAUCCGGGACGGGUGACUUUGUUCGGUGAGAGCGCGGGGGCCGCCUCCGUUCACCUGUUGACGAUGUCCGACUCGACUAUAGGACUAUUUCACCGAUACAUCGUACAGAGCGGUUCGGCUUUCUCCAAAUGGGCGUAUCGGCCCCGCGUCACCUACAAGGAGCAGUCGUUCAGGGUCGGCGAGGUCUUCGACUGUCCCACCGAAUCGUCCCGGCGUAUGAUCGACUGUCUCCGCAAAGUCGAUUGGAGGGAGGUGACCGGUGCAAAUUUGGGAUAUUCGGUAUGGCGAAUAGCCGCCUGGGGUCCGACGGACGAGCCGAAAAUCGAAGGUGCUUUUCUCACCGACAGUCCCUCGAAUUUGAUCGCCGACAAGAAGACCAGAGAUCUGCCUUGGCUCGUCGGUGUCUGCAGAGACGAAGGACUGAUAUCCCUAUCACGAUUUUACCAAAACCCGGCGUUGUUCGAACUGUUCGCCCUGAAUUUGGACGACAAUCUUGCGGAAGGUUUGUCGCUGGUUUAUCAAGCGGACUCCGGCGUCAGUUGGGUAAAAGCUAUAAAGUCACGUUACCUGAACGAUUCGAUGGAAAAUUUAACCCAGAUACUACCCACGAUGACCGAUCUCUUCGGCGACGUGAUGUUCAACCAUCCGACCUACACCGCCGUCCAACGACAAUAUUCCGUCGCUCGGAAUCCCGCCUAUUUGUACUCGUUCGAGCACCGAGGUGUCUUGAGCUUCAGCUACGUCUUCGGCGGAUCCUUGUUGGACUUCGGUGUUUCGCACAGCGACGACCUCCUCUAUCUGUUUCCGGACAUAGCCAGAUUUUCCGGGCUGAACAAAACGUUCGGCGUAAACGAUUACGAAAUGAUGAACGGGAUGGUCGAACUGUGGACCUCCUUCGCAACCAACGGGACGCCCACGGCCUCCGCGCUGAACGGUCAAGAAUGGCCACCCUACUCGUCGGAAAGAAACUAUCUCCAAAUAGGCGACGACGCCGACGCGGGUCUCAAGGUUCGCCGUUCCCUUUUCCAAGAUUCGGACAUUUUUUUGGACUGGUCUCAGUACAACUCGUCGCCGUCGGGAUUCGACGAGGGGCCAGCGAAGCUGUCGUUGGUGGAACCCGAUUUCGAGGUGCUCUUGCUACCGGCGAAAACGCAGCCUUCGCGGGUCACUUGGACACCGGUAAACCAAUUCUUCAACGACGUCCAGAUUCUUCGUUUGCAGACGAAUAUUACGAAUAUGAGGAGACCCUGGAGGGCGUUUAUCAUGUCGGUGACGUACCAGAUGUACUGGAGAUUCUCGUAUGCCGAGGAAAUCACCUCCGUCGACCAGGUGAUGCCCAUCACCACGAAUAGCUUCAGGGGAAUACAGAUUCGUAUUACCAAACCAGCAAGCGUUCUCCAGAAAUCCUGGUCGCACGAUCCAGUCCGGCAUAUCCGGAGUAAAUUCCAUGCCGAUGCAAACAGCGGUCAAAACGGUGGGACAACCCCAGGCGUAAACGGAGUACAGCAAGAAACGACGGUUUCUGAAUCGGUUGUAGUUCGUUCCACGGAUCACUUCGGACCCCCUGAGGAGCGACGAAAAGCGUUAGGUUUUCGGCACGAACAGCGAUUUUCGCGGGAUCCCGAAAUAUUUCUCACUCACCCGAAUCUCCUCCACAUGUCGAAGCACAUGACGUUCAACCAGAAGGAACUGGCCAGGAAUGAAAAUUGGAACGUUCAUUUUUUUAAUUUCUCGGGGACGAUGGCUUACGAUCCGCUCGGAUACUUGGUCCUCUCGUGCGUACUGGUAGCCGUUUCGUCGACGAGUUUCGGGCAGCAAGAAGAAUGCGAUCAUCCGGAAGUGACGAUUCCCCAGGGGCAUUUACGUGGCAAAACUAGCACGACGUUUCUGGGACGUAAUAUUUCAGCCUUCCUCGGAAUCCCCUACGCGCGACCACCGAUCGGAGAACUCAGAUUCGCGAAUCCCGUGCCGGCUGAUCGUUGGGACGGUACGUUGGACGCCACCGAGGAAGCGAGCGAAUGUCCUCAGCCAGGGGCGGGUCUGACGACGAGGGAAAAUUUCUCCGUCACCGUUGGUAACGAGGACUGCUUGUAUCUGAACGUGUACACGCCGCAGAUCCCGGCUUCCCGCGCGUCUUCGACUCCGCUUCCCGUGAUGUUCUUCGUCCACGGGGGAGGAUUUUACGUCUGGAGCAGCGCGACGAACGCCACCGGUCCGGAUUACCUCCUCGACAAGGACGUGGUCCUCGUCACUCUCAACUAUCGCUUGGGACUUCUGGGAUUUUUGAGCACCGGGGAUCCCGUCGCCUCCGGGAAUUGGGGUCUUAAAGAUCAAGAGUUGGCCUUGCGCUGGGUGCAGAGGAACAUCGAGAGUUUCGGGGGUGAUCCGAAUCGGGUGACGAUAUUCGGCGAAAGCGCGGGCGGCGCUUCCGUUCAUCUGUUGGCCCUCUCGAAGUCCACGACCGGUCUUUUCCAUCGUUACAUAACGCAAAGCGGGACCGCUUCGGCUCCGUGGGCUUACCGACCGCGAAACGCGUACAAGGAACAGGCUUUCGGACUCGGAAGGAUUUUCAACUGUUCCACAGCCACCUCGGAAUCUCUGAUCUCUUGCCUGAGGGCGAUAAAUUUUUCGGACAUCACGAUCGCCGGGAAUACCUUGCUGGGUUUUCCCCGUUGGCGAAUCGUCAGAUGGGGUCCGACCGACGAACCGGAAACGGAGGGCGCGUUUCUCACCGAGGAUCCCGACGAUCUGAUAGCCGGUGGACGCGGACAGGAUCUACCGUGGCUCGUCGGUGUUUGCGCGGACGAAGGACUCGUCGUUACUUCGCGCUUUUACUGGGACGACGAGUCGCUUCGAUCGUUCCUACGAGAUUUCGACACGAAUAUAGCCGAAAUUUUACACGCCACUUAUCAAAGGGACUCCGGGGCCGCGUUGGCCAAAGAAAUAAGGUCGAAGUACUUCCGGAACGAUCUGUCCGGCAAUGAAACCGAGUUAUUGUCCCCCCUGACCGACGUCAUCGGCGACGGAAUGUUCGCUUAUCCGACUUACCGAGACGUUCGACGGCGAUUCGAAUUCGCGAAGAGUCCGAUUUACGCUUACUCCUUCGACUACCGAGGUGCCCUCAGCUACAGCUUCGUAUUCGGCGGGGUCUUGUUGAAUUUCGGUGUUUCGCACUGCGACGAUCUGAUGUAUCUUUUUCCGAAUCACGGAAGAUUCGCCGGACUCGACGACACGAUGAGUCGAAAAGAUCACCGGUUCACGAGGACGAUGGUCGACCUGUGGACGUCGUUUGCGACGCAUGGGACACCGUCGGCUCCUGCUUUGCACGGGCAAAAAUGGCCCACCUGGUCGCAGAAAAGAAGCGGCUAUCUCAAAAUAGGCAAUGACAGCGAUACCGCACUGAAAGUUCGGCAUCGCUUGUUCGAGGAUCGACUACCUUUGUGGUCUGUUUUCAAAUAUCUUUAGAACCGUAAAGGUGCGAACCGAACAGUAAAACGAGAUGUGAACACGGACGACGUUCGAAUCACCUUCGAAUAAAUUCGGAAGCUUUUUCGCCGUUCUUUGCUUUGAUUUCAGGAUUUACAAGUUUUAUGUUAACGUCAUUUUCUUUAAUCACGAACUAAGGAAAGUAAAUAAAUUUGUGCAACAAAAUUCAACAAACUCGAUCAGGGAUUGUUUCCAAAAAUGUUCAAAUUAUAGGACGUAUCGCGUCGUUGACUUCGUCCUCAUUUUCUGACUUGUUUUUUUUUUUUUUGGUUUCUCACCGGUGAAAAAUCAUGCGAAGGAAAAAAUAUUGGACGAGUAGAUUCCGACGGUGGUUGAUAGGGUCUGUGCGGUGACGUGACAAUAUUAUUUCAAAUUAUUUUGACAGGCUGCGCAUUUAUAUCUCAAACGUUUACUGAAAAAACUUGCUUAUUUAUUUUCGACAAUACGACGGAAUACCGAUGUUGAUUUCGAUGGUAAACAAAUAUUUUGUCCAAUAGCUGACGGUCCGUUUGGUCCAAACGUUAAUUUAGGACCCUACCCUUUUUCCGUCCUUUAUACCGACGUGAGUCAUUUUGAAAAAAAAAAAAAAGAAAAAACUUUGGCAUUACGACCGAAUU